AUGGGAGAUCAUGAUGAAUAUGCCUACAUAUUCUAUUCUUCUGCAAUUCUUCAAGCAGACAAAAAAAUUAUUGAAAUCUUGUUACCACCUUAUUUUUCAGCAUCAAAUGUCUUUCCAUUCAUUCAGAAAUUGCAUGAAGAUGUUUCAAUGUUCAUUUGCAACGAUAUAAAAUUAUUAGAUUCAAAUAUCGAAAAUAAAAACAUAGAAAGACACGCGAAACACUUUACUAAAUGCAUUAUUUCGAAUAUGAAGUUAUUACCUACAACGCAUUUGAAUAUUUUAAGUUUAUUGCAACAAAACGGUUUUUCAGAGCUUGAUGUCUAUUCAUUCUUUAUUAGAAGCAUCAUAAUUCCUCAGCUUUGUGCCAUGUUGUCAACAUCUCCUUUCUACGGAAUUAUUAACAUUUUCAAGCAUAUCGCGUUGAAAUCAAUCGACAUGUAUGAGGUAAAUACUGAACCUUUUUCAUUGUCAAAGACAAAUUCUAUCUUCGAAGUACCAAGAGCCUUCAAAAAAUACGGUAGAAGAUAUUUGAGGUUUGUUACUUCAAUAAAAGAUGUUCAAGCACUGUUCAACGCAUCAAAGAAAGCAAUGAAAUUACCACCGUUACUUCUCAAACUCGGAGAAAUGAAGAAUUUGGCUUAUUUAGGAUAUUCUCCGAUUUUAUUCAACGUUUAUCCCAAAGAAGUAUCAGAUGGGGAGAUAAAAAUCAAGGACACAAUUGUGUUUAAAGAUGAAAGAAGAUCCGUAAUCAUACCAAAGAUACCUAUUUACGAGAGAAUUUAUAUGCAAUUGCGCCAAGACGCGCUUCGUGAGAAGAAGUUUGAUCUCGACUAUUACGAUAACUCAGGAAAGAAGAAAUUAUAUGAAAAUCUCUUGCAAAAGGCAAAAGAAAAUAAUUUGGGAGAUGAAUUCUCUUCUGACGCUAGCGAUGAGACACAUGAUGAGAAGAGACCUCGAUAUAGCAUGUCUGAGUUCUCUUACAACGAUUCUUUGGAAGAAAUUUCAAAUGAUAUUAUUGAGCCGGCCAAAAACAACAAAACGAACAACCAGAUCAAUAACACAAAGCCAAGAGAAUCAGAAAUCAGUUUUAGAGAUUUUCUGAUUCUGAAACAAUUGAAAAUAUCCAAAGAACAUUCUUACAACUUCGAGAUUCUCAUAGAACUGUUGUUUAUUCAGCGUCAGGUUGCGAAUUGGCACGAAAUUGUCCAGAAAAAUUACGAUAUUUGCGUAUUAAGUUGUGCCAAUGAUUUCAUAUCAACAUUUAACUUUAGUAACAGCAAAUCCCUCAAAUCACAUCAGAAACUGAUCGAUUAUUCCUCAAUAUUUUCAUCAAAAUCCGUAAUCUGCAAUUAUUGCUCUUGUAGAGUAGAAUAUAUUCUUAAGGAGUGGCAGAAUGAAACAACAAAUGCAUUAGUUGAAAAAUUUGGUCAAAUUUGGAUAAAAAAUAAUUUAUCUAAAGAAAGAAAAAGUCUAAAUACAGAUAAUUUGCCGAAAUCUAGACGAUUGAUAUUCGGACAUUCCUUCCAUAUCAUCUCAAUUAUCUUUGAAAAUAUCGGAUACGUCAGAUUUUUCAGAAGAUACAAACAGAUCAUUGCAUGA